CAAUGAGAUUUUACAGGAGGCCAGUCUGGAGUGUCUCAGUGUGUUGUCCACUGUAGGUAGGUAUACUGACGGUUUAAGGACAAUGAGAUUUUACAGGAGGCCAGUCUGGAGUGUCUCAGUGUGUUGUCCACUGUAGGUAGGUAUACUGACGGUUUAAGGACAAUGAGAUUUUACAGGAGGCCAGUCUGGAGUGUCUCAGUGUGUUGUCCACUGUAGGUAGGUAUACUGACGGUUUAAGGACAAUGAGAUUUUACAGGAGGCCAGUCUGGAGUGUCUCAGUGUGUUGUCCACUGUAGGUAGGUAUACUGACGGUUUAAGGACAAUGAGAUUUUACAGGAGGCCAGUCUGGAGUGUCUCAGUGUGUUGUCCACUGUAGGUAGGUAUACUGACGGUUUAAGGACAAUGAGAUUUUACAGGAGGCCAGUCUGGAGUGUCUCAGUGUGUUGUCCACUGUAGGUAGGUAUACUGACGGUUUAAGGACAAUGAGAUUUUACAGGAGGCCAGUCUGGAGUGUCUCAGUGUGUUGUCCACUGUAGGUAGGUAUACUGACGGUUUAAGGACAAUGAGAUUUUACAGGAGGCCAGUCUGGAGUGUCUCAGUGUGUUGUCCACUGUAGGUAGGUAUACUGACGGUUUAAGGACAAUGAGAUUUUACAGGAGGCCAGUCUGGAGUGUCUCAGUGUGUUGUCCACUGUAGGUAGGUAUACUGACGGUUUAAGGACAAUGAGAUUUUACAGGAGGCCAGUCUGGAGUGUCUCAGUGUGUUGUCCACUGUAGGUAGGUAUACUGACGGUUUAAGGACAAUGAGAUUUUACAGGAGGCCAGUCUGGAGUGUCUCAGUGUGUUGUCCACUGUAGGUAGGUAUACUGACGGUUUAAGGACAAUGAGAUUUUACAGGAGGCCAGUCUGGAGUGUCUCAGUGUGUUGUCCACUGUAGGUAGGUAUACUGACGGUUUAAGGACAAUGAGAUUUUACAGGAGGCCAGUCUGGAGUGUCUCAGUGUGUUGUCCACUGUAGGUAGGUAUACUGACGGUUUAAGGACAAUGAGAUUUUACAGGAGGCCAGUCUGGAGUGUCUCAGUGUGUUGUCCACUGUAGGUAGGUAUACUGACGGUUUAAGGACAAUGAGAUUUUACAGGAGGCCAGUCUGGAGUGUCUCAGUGUGUUGUCCACUGUAGGUAGGUAUACUGACGGUUUAAGGACAAUGAGAUUUUACAGGAGGCCAGUCUGGAGUGUCUCAGUGUGUUGUCCACUGUAGGUAGGUAUACUGACGGUUUAAGGACAAUGAGAUUUUACAGGAGGCCAGUCUGGAGUGUCUCAGUGUGUUGUCCACUGUAGGUAGGUAUACUGACGGUUUAAGGACAAUGAGAUUUUACAGGAGGCCAGUCUGGAGUGUCUCAGUGUGUUGUCCACUGUAGGUAGGUAUACUGACGGUCUAAGGACAAUGAGAUUUUACAGGAGGCCAGUCUGGAGUGUCUCAGUGUGUUGUCCACUGUAGGGAGUAAUUUGGAGCUGCUAAACAUAGUUGACACGGCAACACACGUGAUGGAGGUUCUUGAGAACUACAGGGAAUCUGUGUACAUCCAAAGGAAGGGGUUGAUCUUGUUACAGGUUCUGGCAUCUGACAAGUUGUACAAAGAUAGAAGUCUUCACAAUAAACUCGCCGAAGUUAUCAGCAUAGCAAUGAGGACACAUAGCAACAACCUUGGAGUUGUGAAAGAGGCUUGUGUAGCCAUGCAGAUCCUGUCUGAGGGCGGGGGACGUUGGAUGAGUGACAGUUUUAUCAAGGAAGGGUGCCAUGAAAUUCUCUUCAGUCUUCUUCAGCGCCAUAACUCAGACCCUCAGGUCCAUGAUCUUGCCAGUGAGUGUCUGUACGUCCUCGGGCUGGAGCAGGUUCUACGCUCUAAGAUGUUGUUAUCUGCAUGUAAUACUGGAAAUCUACCUGCAGCUGAGUGUUUGAUAGAGCUCGGAGCAGACGUCAACUUCGUCCAAGAUGGCUGUACGCCUUUGUAUAUUGCUGUGGAUAAACAAGAUGAGCAACUUGUCCAACUCCUACUGAAACAGCACAUCACAGACAUACAGAGUCCCCUAAAACUGAGUCUGGACCAGACGACUCAUCAGAUCACCGGGGCGCUGCUGGGACAAAUCAAUAAGGACAGAGAGGGUUUGAUAAUGCCUUGGGCUGGCCAGGGCCUCAAAGAGCUCCACCCUGACUGGUUCGUAAUGGCUCUGUCUAACCCAACUGGUGUUGGCUCUACUGAGAGUGGGAAGCUCAUCCUGAAUAAGAUAAAGAAAGGCCAGGAGAAACAUGUGUCACGCUCAGCUGUGUUCACAGCCUCCAACAACAACGUAGCACUCGACAACAAAUACUUCCGCUACAAGGGAGAACGUCGUCGUCACCAUAGCGACGGUUUUGUUAAAAAAAACAAUUUCCAACAAAGUGUUCCGGUGGUGCGCCAGGUUUCGUAUGAAGGAAGGAGCUCUACACUGAAGCAUCAGAAGGGGGAAGGCAUUCCGAUACCUUUCUCUUUCUCCUCCUCUAAUGCGCUAUCUCCUGUGACCAGUUACAAUAGUCUGAUACCGUCUCCGUCCAACAGUCACGGGUCGCCCAGCCCAGAGUCUGUCUCCUCACAGAGACAGCGACCAAAGACUUUGUCCACAGCCCCUCACACCCCAACUCACCCAACACAAAAACAACGACCAAAGACGUUGGCAGGAUUUCCCCACAUCACACUGGAUGACUGUAGUCCUAAUGAAGAUCGGCCUGUGUUUGAACUUGGUCCCACGUCUCCAGAAGAUAUCAAUGUACCUGUAUUUGAGGCGAGUUACAGCGACGUUGACGAAUGGAAGACGACAACACUGACAGGAGCGAAUGUACCUUACAGUCCGUCCGACCCGCGACUGCGACAGACCGAGAAGGAGGCUACUUCAGUGAGACUCGGCUACAAAGGUGAAUGGAAGCGUAAGAAACAAAACCUUUCUCCAUCUCUGCCCAAGUUUGAGAGCUGUGCAACGAGUUACAACAACAGGAAGGAUCAGCACGGAAGGAGACUCUCCGUACCUGCUCUAGGGAUCGAAGGAGACCUCAAGUUACGAGGACACAGGAGGCGUAACAGUGAGGGACAUGUGACGAGGUCACCGAUCAGUAGUGUGGACUCCAUGUCAUCAGACCAGGAGAGGAGGGUGACGAGCCCUGACCAGGCCCUGUUACAGCCUUCCCUAUUUGACCUAUCCUGUAAUGCUCUUACCUCCCUUGAUUCACUGGUGAGCAUAUUUCCAGACCUUGCUCAAAGCUUCAGUUGUCUCACCAAGCUCUUCAUACAUGACAACAAGAUCACAAGCCUUCCCGACAAAAUGUUCCAGUACCUGCCCAAGCUAGAAGGAUUAGACGUUCGGAGUAACUGUCUGACUGUGUUUCCCUCUAAUGCCCUGAUGUGUCCCUUGCUGAGUGUCCUUGAUCUUUCACAUAACAAGAUACAGACUGUUAGUGGACUGGAGGAGAAUACAACUCUUAAGGAGCUGGUCAUAUCCCAUAAUAAUCUCCGCUGGAUUUCUCCCACUCUCACAGCAAAUCUUCAGGGGCUGGAAGUACUGCUGUUGUCAAGUAACAACAUACAGGAGUUACCAGAGGCGCCCCUCGGGAUGGCAAUGUUACAAACACUCAACCUGUCGGACAACCGCAUCUCCUUUAUCCCGGAGCAAUGCCUUACUGGAUGUCCGAGGCUCGAGACACUGGAUCUCUCCAACAACAGACUAGUGAGACUGCCCAGUGAAACCAUAGUAACAGAACUGACCAGACUGGCCAAACUGAAAUUAGCCAGAAACCAGUUGAUGGAGAAGGAGCCAUUCUACAUACCUAAGUUAAUACUGGAGCUACCCAGUCUACGUUCUGUGGACCUUAGUGGCAAUGGUUUGGUUGGCCUACCCGCCCCACUACACUGGAAGUCAACGAUGCUGAAGGAGAUCUUACUCUGUAGAAACAGUAUUAGUAAGCUGAACUUGGAGGGAGCUAAAGCCUGGUCUAAACUGGAGGCCCUCAAUGUAUCCAACAACAACAUCAGUGAGCUUCAUAAGGAGAUUGGUCAGUUGACCUCUCUGACCUCUCUGGACAUUAGCUACAACAAGUCCUUGACCUCACUUCCAGAUGAACUAGGCAGGUGCUCAAAGAUGUGGGAGAUGCCGUUGAAGGGGAUUGGUUUUUCCCUAGACAGGAUCCACAGGGGCAAAGUAAAGGACCUUAUCGCAUUCCUACACAACAAACUGAAAAAGGCCACACGGUACUACCGUAUGAAGUUGAUGGUGGUGGGGUACGGUGGAAGAGGUAAAUCUACAUUACUGAGAGCCUUGAUGAAACAGAGCCCACAGCCCGACAUACCCACUGUUGGGGUCAUAGUUAAGGACUGGAAAUUUGAAAGGCAGAAACAUUUUGACGAUUUCCAUGGCAGUGUGACGUACACAAUCAACACGUGGGACUUCGCUGGACAGGAGGACUUCUACAGUACCCAUCAGUGCUACCUCACCGACAGGGCCGUUUAUCUGGUGGUGAUGGACCUGCGUCGGGGGAUGGAGGAACUUAACCUGUUGAGAUCGUGGCUCGCUAACAUACACGCGCGUGCCCCAGGAUGUCCGGUGAUCGUGGUUGGUACUCAUGCUGACUGUGUGGCAGACAACAAGCGGCUGCAGCUACAGAAUCACAUCAGGAUGAAGCUCCGCGACCUCGUCAUCAAACUAGGGUUUGCUGACAUCCAGGACUUUGUUACGGUGAACUGUACUAAAGAAACACCUGAGAUGGAGAGACUUCGAGAGUUCAUCAAGGAGAAGAUUGACAGUUACAAAGUAAAGGGUCAGCCUGUGAUGGGACAGAAGGUCCCAGCUGACUAUGUGAAACUUGCUGAAGUAUUGGAGGAGGAAGUUCGUGCUGAACAUACUAAGUACCCCAUCAUCACACACACCCAGCUUCUCAAGGUCGUGGAGAAGCAUAAGCUUGACCUUGAGGAGGAGGAUUUGAAGCAGGCAGUACGGUUCCUACACCGAAGUGGUGUGCUGCUUCACUACGAGGAUGCUGCGCUACAGCUGAAGGAUCUGUACUUUCUAGACCCAAGCUGGCUGUGUGGUAUGAUGGCUCAGGUCGUCAAUGUACGUCAGAUCAACAACGGGAUUCUACGUAGGGAGGACAUGAAGUUGUUGUUAACAGGGAAGAAGCUGAAGAGAGAGGGAGAGAGGACGUUCUUCUUCCCAAUCGACUUCCUACCCCAGUACAUCAGGGUACUGGAGAAGUUUGAAAUUGCUCUGCAGUACUCAGAGGAAGAAGUCCUCAUUCCGUACCAUCUGCCUGACAAACGGCCAGACCUGCAAAUGCCACACCUCAAAAUAAAUGAGAAGAUCUGUCGCCACUACUCGAUGCCACUUGUGCCUCUGGGUCUGUGGUCACGCCUCAUCACUCGCCUAGUCGCAUUCUCUAACAGCGCCCUCACUCUGACCCUGGUGGAAGAGAAGAGACCCCCUACAAUGAAGUACUGGAAGAAGGGCAUAUUUGGCUUCUGGUCUCGUAGUUCAUUCUUCCUGCUGGACUAUCACUUCCUAGAGGAUGAAGAGAUACACCUGAUGGUGCCCAGUACCUCCAAGGGCUCCACGUUGUUUGGGCUCUUGGUUGACCACAUCACUGCCCUGGUGGAGGAAUGGUACCCCGGUCUGACAAGUUUAGACCCAGUCCAGGGGAGAGAACUCCUGGUACAACACGUGCCCUGUAUAGGGUGUACAGAUGUGGAUGUCCAGAAACACUUCCUGUUGGACGACCUGCUGGACCAGACCAAGUCAGGCAUGGAAAUCUACUGUGAUGUGCACAAGGGUUAUGUCCCUUUGUCUAAGCUGGCUCCAGAUAUUAUUCUGAAUGAUGUGAAACCAGAGCUACAAGUUGACCAUUCUGUUUUUGAAUUUGAGGAAAAUCCCGAUAACUUGCUGGGAGACGGAGGUUAUGGGGCUGUGUACAAAGGCGUCUACAAAGGACAGCCAGCAGCCAUUAAGGCGUUCAAUGUUAUCGGAGCAGUACACCCCCACAAGAUACAGAGACAAGAGGCGACAGUGCUGAGGUGUUUGAACCACCCCAGUAUCGUGUCCCUGUUAGGUGUCAGUUUCCAGCCCCGUGUUAUAGUCCUAGAACUGGCACCUAAAGGAUCCCUGGGAAAUGUCCUCAAGUCCGGGCGUCCACUGGACCGUAUCAUGCAACACCGCAUAGCCUUACAGGUUGCUGAGGGCCUGGUCUAUCUACACCAGUUGAUGAUUGUCUACCGUGAUAUGAAGCCAGACAACGUUCUGAUCUACAGUCUAGAUCUUAACUCACCUAUAAAUGCCAAGGUUUCUGACUAUGGAAUUGCUCGGUUUGCCACGCUGGACGGAUUGUUGGCCCAGGAGGGAACACCUGCCUACCGAGCUCCGGAGGUCAUCCGCGGAGAAUCAUACUCCUUCACGGCUGAUGUGUUUUCCUAUGGGAUCACGUUAUACGCUCUCCUCACGAGCGGACGGCAUCCGUUUGAUGAAUUUGAGUUCAAAAGUGACAUGGACCGAGCCAUUGCUGAGGGCGUGACGAUGCCAGCCAUUACACAGCGUGGGGCCAGUCCGUGGCCCGACAUGGAGAACAUACUGAAUGGCUGUUUGUACAACUUACCUGACAAACGACUACAGUCCAAAGACAUAGUGAGACGUCUAAAGAUACCAGAUAUCCUGAGUCUCCGAAGUUUUACUCUCAUAUCAAAGUCAGCGUCACUGGAGUGCUUCACAGUUCAGGAAAAUGAAGAAGGAUCACCAGUUCUGUGGUUUACCAGUGGGUCUAUGGAACAUGUGGAGCUGUCUCAUAUCAACCUUCUCGACCCGUCCUUCAAACACCAGGGUACCUACUUUCCGUACGGGCGGAUUCUGUGCCUGCAGCCAAUCACACGCAGCUACCUGUUGGUGGGAAGUCAACUAUCGCGGAUCUGGCUUUACGACACUUACACCAACAAGUUCCGCCAUUCAUCAAGUCUCCUGCCUGACCAUGUCCUGUGUAUCAAACACAUGUCUGGUACGACAGAUGAUUUGGUAUUUGCCGGUCUGGCCAAUGGUUUGAUAGCCGUGUUCCCAGUGUCCGAUAUCAUAGAGGAGAAAAACGCUGUGCCAAUGUGUCUGCAUGUUGGUGACCUGCGUGAGCCGGUCCGCUGUAUGGAGGUACAAGCCCACAAGCGGCUAUUGUACGCCUCGUGUGGAUCAAAGAUCACAGUGUUUAGUACACGCCUGAGCAUAGCUCUGGAGCUGACUUUUGAAACACUUAUUCCGAGUAAGAGUCCUAGCCCGCCAGUAUACACCAUGGCCCUGGGUACAUCCCUUCUACUGUCUCACAUGGGACAGCCACAUGUCCAGAUGUGGGAGGUGGGACGCCUGAGAGGUCCCGGCAUGCCACCUAAACUCCGGCACACUUUUAACAUUGCUAACAUGUUUGAACUGCCAGCCAAGCAGGCUCGUGUGACCUCUCUGACCCUGGUACCGGACAACGGCAUGGCUUGGGUCGGGACCGGUGGAGGACAUGUGGCACUCAUUGACCUCAAGUCUAUGAUAGGUGUGUCCAUCACACAUAAAUACUCGGGCGCCAUCAGGAGUCUUGUUUACCUCCGUGCAAAAGGAGAUUUCAAGUGCUCAGCAGUUAUCAGUGGAGGUUUAGGGUUCAUUGCUAGUCCAGGAGGUCAAGGGGUCAAAGAUAAAGAGUACAGCUGUUUGGCUGUGUGGGACCCUAACUAUGAUCAGACACUCCGACUUUUCCAGAAGUAUUUGGAGCUGAGGAAAGAAAAAGAAAGGGAACAGACAAAAAACUCCAUCAAAGUCACCUGAUCUCAAUUCAAAGGUGCUAACAUGCAUAAAGGUUUUAUAUGAACAGGCAGAAAAUCAAUGUUUACUUAAAAAGACUAAGUUUUCUUGAACUUCAUGUUAAAUAUUAUUACACACAGAGAAUAAGAACUUAUAUAUUGAAUGUAUAUGUUUAAAUUUCAUUUAAUCAAUUUCGUUUUCUGUUUACGUGAUUUCGUCCCCUGAUCUUUACGUAAUUAUCUCCCCUGAUGUUUACGUGAUUAUGUCCCUUGAUCUUUACGUAAUUGUCUCCAAUGAUGUUUACGUGAUUUCGUCCCCUGAUCUUUACGUAAUUGUCUCCAAUGAUGUUUACGUGAUUAUGUCCCUUGAUCUUUACGUGAAUAUGUCCCCUAAUCUUUACAUGAUUAUGUCCCCUGAUCUUUAAGUGAUUAUCUCCCCUGAUCUUUACAUGAUUAUCACCCCCGAUUUUUACAUGAUUAUCUCCCCUGAUGUUUACAUUAUUAUGUCCACUAUACUUUACGAGAUUAUCUCCCCUGAUUUUUACGUGAUUAUGUCCCCUAAUCUUUACAUGAUUAUGUCUGCUAUACUUUACGUGAUUAUCUUCCCUGCUCUGUACCUGAUUAUCUCUCCUGAUCUUAAUAUGAUUUUGUCUUCUGAUCUUAAUGUGAUUUUGUCUCCUGAUCUUAACUAGAUGAUGUCCCCUGAUCUUUACGUGAUUAUCUCCCUUGCUUUUUAUGUGAUUAUGUCCCCUGGACUUGGCAUUAUUAUUCUCUUUCAUCAUUACAUGGUUGUGUCCCAUUGUAUUUACAUAGUUGUGUCCCCUGAUAUGGUUGCCUCUGCUGAUUUUACAUGAUUAUUUCCAAUAAUCCUAACCAAAGUAUUAACAAAUUUAAAAAAAUGUUUUAUCAAUGUGGUGCUAUUAAGAAUACAUAUCAAUAUGAUUUACAUGUCUGGCUGUUACUGAGAUACAGGUAUGUUGUUUAACAAUCAUACAUUAAAGUAUAAAUAUAUAGCUAUUAUUUAGGUUAUAUGUAUCGUGCAAUGUAGAAUAUCUGGGAGAGCAGGAUAUACUUGUAUUUAACAUAUAAUUCAACUGAGUGAUGUAAUAAAAACCUUUGGAGUGUUUAACCAUGCUGGUUAUGAUAUAAUAAUGACUGUAAGGUACUGCAUUCAUUUGUGCAUUGAUACAUUAAGCUUACUUUUAUAUUCAUUUUUUUUAUUUUGCAGAAAUAUUUGUAUUUUUAUGUAUCACAUCAAUUUUAAUGAACAUAAAAAUAUCACAGGUUUCAAAUUAACCUUGCUUGUGUGUUACUAACCUGAUGCAGUUUGAUACAAUGUAAUAUACUGGUAAUAUAAAGUGGUAUUCUAGUCGGAAUAAAGGAUUAUUAGCACUACUGUAAACAUGAAGAUAUGUAAUCUAGAUGCUUCAAGGGGCUUACAGAUGUUUCCCCAAAUAAUUUAUUCAAAUUUUGUGAAACGAACAGUGCCUAUACAUGUUUAACAGUUGCUAAAAUCAGUCUUUUUUUGAUAAGGUUGAAUUUAGAUUAGCUAUCUUAAUAGUUUUAACUUUUAAAAUGUACAUGUAAUUAGAUUAAAAUGUUUAUAAUGAUAUCUAUUCACGGACUGUGACAACAUGAAGCACAGUAAUGUAUUAGAAUGAAUAUUCAACAGCUACAUGCUCUAUCUGUCAUGGACAUAGUGCUGUUCAGGGGAAGAGUUAUGUAUAGAAUGAAUGAUACACCAGAUAUCUGUUAUAGACUUUUAUCACAUAAUGUACUGUGUUAUCCAAUGAAUAUUAACCCAUGUAAUAUGACCUAUCACCCAUGUAAUAUGAC